GCGGCUGCGGCAGCGGCGGCAUUUUAGUCAGCAGCGGCGGCGGCAGCCGGGCUGCUGCUCUUCCCAGCAUCCCUGGCGCGGCCAUUUCAGCCCCAUCUUGGCGGAGGGGAGGGAGCCGCAGCCGCCGCUUCAGCAGUUUGAAUUUCAGUUUCUUCAGGGUUUACGAACCGGCGCGCCGAGGAGAAGCCGAAGAAGCCAGCGCCGCUACCUCAUACAGCCGGAGCUCCUCCGCUCGCCGGACAGCCGUCUGCCGCCGCCCCUCACUCUCAGGAGCCGCGAGGGAGGCCGAGACUGCCGCCCGCCCGCCCGCGGGAGUGGCUCCCCUGUGAGGGGAGGACCGAGCCGGCUUUCCCCUCCCCCGGAGCGGGUUUCCGCCAGAGACAGUCGACAUGUCCCUGGGGCAGAGCUCCGGCUAGAGCCGGGGAGGGAGCGCCUCCCCCCCGCGCCGCAGCCCCGCCGCCCGUCCGCGGACCUUCCGCCCGCGCCUGCCUGCGGCUCCUGACUGAACCGGGACUCGUCGGCUCCGGACUCGCCACUCCUUCCUCUUCUUCCCUGAGCGUCGGAGAGCCCCUGGCUGCCGCCGGCACCCGCCCGAAGAGCCGAGCGGGGCAGCACCGCCCCUCACGCUGCCGCCGCCACCUCCCCUUCGCCCGCCCACUCCCACCCCCAGCCAAGGCCUGCUGACCGCGCCGAGCUGGACUGGCCACGGCGGCCCGGAGACGGGGGAGGAAGCAGCCGGCCCGCCCCUGGAAUCGCGCUGUCGCCGCCACUGAAGGAUUGAAUUGAGGCGCCGCGGCUGUGGGAGGUGAAAAGGAGGAGCCGCCGCUGGAGUGAGGCGGGGGCAGAGCCGGAGAGACCGACACAGAGAAGGAAACGGGGAGGAGGAUGUCUCACCGAGUGGCCGGCUCCCGGAUCAGCCCGUGACUUCUACAGCGGCGGGCCUCAGACCCAGCGCGGACUCGGACUUUGUCUUUGGGGGCUCGUGCUCGGCCCUUCGCGGUUUCCGACAGGAUCCCUGAGGAGCCGGCGUGCCUCGCUGCCCUCCAUCCUCUUUCACCAUGUCCAAGAUGCCGGCCAAGAAGAAGAGCUGCUUCCAGAUCACCAGUGUCACCACGGCCCAGGUGGCCACCAGCAUCACCGAGGACACCGAGAGCCUAGACGACCCGGACGAGUCACGCACAGAGGACGUCUCCUCCGAGAUAUUCGACGUUUCUCGUGCCACGGAUUAUGGCCCUGAGGAGGUCUGCGAGCGCAGCUCCUCCGAAGAGACGCUCAACAAUGUUGGGGAUACGGAGACUCCCGGGACCGUCUCCCCAAACCUCCUCCUCGAUGGGCAGCUGGCGGCCGCGGCGGCUGCUCCCGCCAACGGAGGAGGAGCCGUUUCGGCCCGGAGCGUGGCUGGGGCGCUUGCCAGUACCCUGCCGGCGGCCGCCACCGCGGCCCCCGCCUCCGGGGCACCGGCCGGACCCCCGGUCGCGAGCUCAUCCACCGGGCCAGGGGCUGCAGCCCCAUCUCAGCCCCCCACCACUUGUAGUUCUCGUUUUCGCGUGAUCAAGUUGGACCACGGUAGCGGGGAGCCCUAUCGACGAGGCCGAUGGACGUGUAUGGAAUACUAUGAGCGGGAUUCAGACAGCAGCGUCCUGACCCGUUCUGGGGAUUGCAUUAGACACAGCAAUACUUUUGACCAGAGUGCGGAACGGGACAGUGGCCUGGGCGCCACUGGAGGGUCGGUGGUGGUGGUGGUGACCUCCAUGCAGGGGGCGCACGGGCCCGACUCAGGAACUGACAGUUCCUUGACUGCUGUGUCACAGCUACCCCCGUCGGAGAAAAUGAGCCAGCCCACUCUGGCCCAGCCGCAGAGUUUUAGCGUUGGGCAGCCACAGCCGCCGCCGCCCGUAGGUGGGGCUGUGGCUCAAAGCUCGGCUCCGCUGCAGCCGUUCCCGGGAGCCGCGGCCGGGCCGCAGCCAAUCAUGACAGCCGCGCCGCCAAGUCAGCCCCAGGGAACCGGGCCUGGCGGCGCCCCUACGGGGCCCGGUGGACAGGGUCUGCCGCCGAUGAAUGUAACACUAGCUCAGCCGGCUUUGUCCCUGCCUCCGCAGCCAGCCGUCGGCGCUUCUGUCACGCAGCCGCCCCAGCAGUUCUAUCCUCAGCCUCAGAUACCGCCGGGGCAUUUGCUGCCCGCCCAGCCCUCCGGCCAGAGUGAGUACCUGCAGCACCACGUGGCCGGCCUGCAGCCGCCCAGCCCUGCGCAGCCCUCUUCCACCGGCGCCGGAGCGAGCGCCGCCGCUGCGGCCAGCCUGUCAGUGACCGCCGGCCAGAAUGCCUGCUCGGUGGGUGCGCAGUUAAUGGGCGCGUCUUCCCAGCCAAGUGAAGCCGUGGCCCCGGGGCCGGGACCAGCGCAAGGCGGGCAGGCCGCGCCUUGUCAGCCGGCUGUAGUGACCCCGGCUUCUGUGGGAGGUGUGGUGCAGCCCGGCUUGGGUCCCACCGGGGCUGGGCAGCCCCAGUCUGUGCCUCCUCCGCAGCUGGGUGGCAGUGGUCAGCUGCCAGCCGUGCCUGGUGCCCCUCAUGCCGUGGUGCCCGGAGUUCCAAACGUGCCUGCAGCCGUGCCCGCUCCAAGCGUGCCUAGUGUGUCUACCACUUCUGUUACUAUGCCAAAUGUACCCGCUCCUCUGGCCCAGUCGCAACAGCUGAGCAGCCAUACGCCAGUCAGCAGGAGCAGCAGCAUCAUCCAGCACGUUGGGCUGCCUUUAGCGCAAGGCACACACAGUGCACCAACAAGUCUACCACAGUCUGAAUUAAGCCAAUUUCAGACUCAGACCCAGCCUUUAGUCGGGCAAGUUGACGAUACUAGAAGAAAAUCAGAACCCCUACCUCAACCACCACUUUCUCUCAUUUCUGAAAAUAAGCCUGUUAUGAAGCCUCCUGUUGCAGAUGCCCUGGCAAACCCCCUUCAGUUAACACCUAUGAACAGUCUGGCCACCUCUGUAUUCAGCAUAGCUAUUCCUGUUGAUGGUGAUGAAGACAGGAAUCCUUCAGCUGCUUUCUACCAAGCGUUCCAUUUGAACACGUUACAGGAAUCAAAGAGCCUCUGGGAUAGUGCAUCUGGGGGAGGUGGUGUAGCCAUUGACAACAAAAUAGAACAAGCAAUGGAUCUGGUGAAAAGCCAUUUGAUGUAUGCAGUAAGAGAAGAAGUGGAAGUUCUAAAGGAACAAAUAAAAGAAUUAGUUGAAAGAAACUCUUUACUUGAACGAGAAAAUGCACUGUUAAAAUCUCUUUCAAACAAUGAUCAGUUAUCCCAACUCCCAGCCCAACAGGCCAAUCCCGGUAGCACUUCUCAACAGCAAGCAGUGAUAGCACAGCCUCCGCAGCCAACGCAACCUCCACAGCAGCCGAAUGUCUCCUCAGCAUAAAGCUUUCUUAAGCCUCAUUAAGAAAAAAACUGAAAGCAAUCUAUCCUUGUGUGCCACUGGUGUUCUUUCCACUUUAUACGAAAGCAAGUAGCCAUGCUUCAGUUGUGUGUUUGGCCUUUUCAGUAUUAGACAAUCAUUCUACAAGAGCUUUUCCUCUGAGAUGUCAUGCAGUGCUGUUGUUGUCCAGUUCUAUAUCAUCAGUACACAAGGAGAAUAACAGAUGGGGUUUAUUAAAGUGAGCAAAGUCUGCAUUUUACCUGGUGCACAUGAGUAGGGUCUUUAAAGAGUUUUGGUGGCUCUCCCAUGUUUCCUACUACCCAUGGAUUUACCCUGAGCCUUCCUAUCACAUUAUAAAUAACAGUUCAUCUAAAGAGCCACUUUUCUUUCAAUAUCAGUAACAUUUGCCUACAUAAGUUUUCAUUUAUUUGUGUUUUAUUUAUUACAGGGCUGCUAUUUUCAUAAUGUACAUGAACAAUGUCACAGAAUUUUUUAAAUUUUUUUUGAAUAAUUAUAAUUAUCAGUAAAGGAAUUGAAAGACAGGAUUGCAUUUAAUAGAUAAAAUGUUUAGGCAAUAAUUGAACAAGAGAAUCCUGGCAUAUUUCUAACACUAAUGGCAAUUUACCUUUGGUAUUUAUUUUUAGUAGUAAAGACCCAGCUUGAAUGUAAAUUUUGUAUAGUGUAAGUAUGAAGAACAUAGUGCAACUGUACAGGUAGUCACCAGUUAUUGUGAUAUAAUAAAUAAUUGGGCUAUUUUGAUGAAGAAAACUUUGUUCAUUUGUUUCUACUUUCUAAUAGAGAAAUUGCCACAAUUCCUCUGCUUUUCAACAUUUCGUAUGACUUUUUUUUCGGGUGGGAAUAAAAAGCUGUGAAAUUGUUCAACCUACUUUGUAACCAAAGAAGCAAAGCUGUGUAAUGGAGUUGUUGUGGUUUUUGGGGUUUUUUUGUUUGUUUGUUUUUUUAAUAUAUAAUGCACAUUCUUUAUGUAUUUUUAUUUAGUGUUUUCUCGGUCACAAUUUUCUUUGCUGUCUAGCAUGAUCUGCAUGACCUAUAAUCUUUGAACCACUUUCGUACCUCAUAUUUUUAUCCAGCACUCUUAUUGUAAUAUGUACUAGUCUGUGAACAAUGUCAAAUAAAAAAGAACGAACAGGUAGUAUGGUGGAGCUGAGCUAGUGUACAAUACACUAGUUGUAUAAAAAAAAAAAAAAGUGAGCCAUCUUUUCAUUUAAAAUGGUGUUUUGAAUUUCAUAUGCAGAAAACGUUUUGUUACAUUGCAGAUUUUAAUGUAUUUAAUAAAUGCAACAUGCAGAUUAAGUGCAGUGUAUACUGAGUAUUUAAAUUAAAAUGU